UUCUGGGUUUCUGGCUUUCUAGUUCGAGUUCAACUUUCCCCACUCCAGAUUUAUCGUCCCCGUCAAAAAAAAUUCUCAAUAAAAAAUAACCAAAUCACUGUUUCAGGAAGGAUCUCCAAGAAAUGAAGAGGACGAAUGCGGGACAACAGAGCCGCCGGCUAAACAAGCGGCGCCUUCCAGAUUCCAGCGCCACUGCCUUUGCUAUUAUUCUCGCAGCUAUUUCCAAAGGUAAUAACUACGGAGGGGAAGAUUUAGCUCUCAUUCAACGAUGCUUAACGAAAUUGCAUCGGUCUCUUUCGCAAAGUCUCUCCACACCUAUCCUAUCCCUGCUUCCCGUCCUUAUCAGCUCCAAAAAUGACGAAGUUGCUUGCAAAAGCAUAGAGAUCGUGGGAGCAUUAUCAUUGAUGUCCAUUGAGAUGAACAAACAGACAGCUUCUGAAGAGCAGAUUGUGAAGGGGUUGGUUGCUUCGUUGAAGAGUUGUAAUAGUCUCAGAUCAAUGGCUGCUUGUAACUCUAUUCUUGAUCUUUCUACCACGUCAAUCGGACGAAAACAUCUUGUGGACUUGUUUGCCAUUGAGAAUCUAAUGACCCUAAUUCAUCUACUCCUAUGGCGUCUCUUCUUUCAGAUGGGAAGUGUACUGAAACAUGCCCCAAAAUUGUUUUCAACGAUGACAAGUUGUCAAUAUUACUUGUGAAUGCUAUCAUAGUUCUUCUUAAUUCAUGCACAAUUGAACAGCUACAUAAGAUCCCAGCAACCCUCUCUAGGGGUUUGCUGUUGCAUUUAAAAAAGGUGUGGGAAGAAGUUCAUCAACUGGAGCUUUGUGGUAUCUCUGGGAAUUGCACACAGGAUGGAGUUUCUUACAUAAACAGUAUCCGGACGAACAAUCUGGCUGAAAGUGUUUUCAGGCUCUCCGUGGAUAUUAAUCCAUGCAGAGCACCUUCAGUUGGGUUUUUCAAUGCAGAAGAUACGAGUUUGGAAAAUUUUAUGUUGAACAUUUGGGAGUCAUCACCCUUUCUGUUAAGAAACUCUAAGAUGAAAAAUAUAUUGAGUUCUUUUAUAGACUUCAGUAAAUUAAGGGAGUCGGUCCCUUUCUUUUUAUCCUCAAUGCUAAGAGGACUUAUUCAUUGUCCACCUAUUCCUUCAGACGAACAUGACAUUCUUCAUUUCCUAGAUGAGGUAAGUAGUAGUUUAGGUUGUCCGAUUGUUCACCAAGAGGAUAUCCGUGUUGUUCAAACAUAUGAUUCAGAAUCUGAGUUGCACUAUUUUCAAACACAAGCAGAUAAUAUAAACUAUGAGUUCCCCAUUAUCUUUAGCAGUACUGAUAUACUCAAGUGUGAGCAAGCAUACAAGGAAGGGUAUACAAUUGCUUUACGCGGUAUGGGGUUUCGAUAUACGAGCAUUGCUUCUGUUGCGGAUGAAGUGGCAUCCAUGUUUGGUCAACCUUCAAUAGGAGUAAACUUGUACGUGACACCUCCCGGCUGUCAGGGGUUGGCUUGUCACAGUGACGAUCACUGUGUCUUUAUCUGCCAACUCGCUGGGGCAAAAAAAUGGCAUAUUUUCUCCCCAGCUGGUAAUCACCUACCUCGCCUGUAUGAAGCUAUUGAGAAGAAGGAAAGAGGUAUAAUGGAUGCAUGCAAAGAAGUUUUGCUGAAAGAGGGUGAUAUUUUAUAUAUCCCGAGAGGCCACCCUCACGAGGCACAUACUAUUGGUUAUGGUGGAGGGUGUGACACAUCCAUUGGCUUUUCCUUGCAUCUAACUCUUUCUAUUGAAGUUGAGCCCCCAUUCGAGUGGGAAGGCUUUGCUCAUGUUGGCUUCUAUCAUUGGUGUAGGAGACAAAGUAUACCUCAAUAUAUACUUGCAGAUUCAGAAUCACCGGUUUUACAUAAGAUAUCAGCAAUCCUGAUUCAUAUUGCCGUGAAACUUUUCGGUGAUACUGACCCAAUAUUUCGGAAGGCUUGUUUAGUUGGUGCACUUUCCUCUGCAUGUGAACAUACAGAUUGGCUCCUUGUUAACCAGAAGGAGAUUUUCAGCCACAUUAUUUGUAAAAUAAAAAGAGAGGCAACGUUUGUAGAUGUGUUGAAACAUGUGGAAGUCGCUGUUGAGAAACACGAAGAUCUCUUCUCUCAUUUCAAAUGGACAAGGCAUUUGUUGAAGGGGGGACACGAAAUGGACACCAAUAGUAUUCAUUUAGUAGAUGCUAAUGAUGUUAUUCAUCAAAUUAGUCAAAACAGGGAAGUGGCAGAAGCCGUUUUUUACCAGGUAAAGUCAAGCUUCUGCAGUGAAGUAGCAUUUGAGGAUGUGCAGCCUGUCUAUGUCACACUGCUUGAUGAUUAUAGGAAGGCACGUAAGCAAUAUGCUAAUGGAAUGCUUUCUAUACAUUGCAAUGACAACUAAGAUGAUACAACCAUUUUUGGUUAAUGUGUCAGUCUUCUGUCAUGUAUCUCAUGGUCAUUGCAUGCAAAUGAAACUCUCAGAAGACAAGGGCAUUAUCGGAAGGAAAUUUUGAUAACUUAUGUCACUGUUCUAGGUAGAGCAGACAGAAUGCUGCUAGUCGGCGAUCGGGAUUGGGUUUUCUUCAUGUAGUAAGAACGGGCUUGGUUGUUGGCCUAGUUGCUGGUCAUGCCACAUUGCCACCAACAGUUUCUCAUUGCCAUUCAAGUUUUCAAUUUUCCUGACCACCGUUGUUACAACACCCUCAUUACUCGUUUGGUCAUAACUCCUAUGUGCUGGACUGAGCCUCUGAUGUGCACGAGUAUAAGGUCUACCGCCGUUAUGAUUAGUUGAGUCACUAUGAUUUACAAUCUUUCAAGUGUUCUGUCGGGUCGGGGGUGGGUGCCGUUGAUGAGUCAACCCUCUAGACAAAUUCAAUGAUUUCCUUUUAAAUUUCUAUUGAUAUGACUAUAUGAGUGAUAAAAAAAGUUCUACUCUUUAAUCAAAUCCCCCAAAAGUCAAGAAAUGUCAAAAGUAUUUGAAAUAUGUCAGAAUUAUUGGUAUUCUCGUUAUCUUUUCUAUGUAAACCUACACAAAUCACAAAUCAUUUUCUUUAUAAAAAUUCCGAUAUUGAUAUCUUAAAAUCCACCGAAUGAAAUGUAUAAUAUUAUCAUAGAUACAGAUGGUUUUAUACUUUGUUUCAAAGAAAUAACAAAUUUUCGAGUUCCAUUGUAUAUUUACCAAGGAAAUAUGGCAGCACCGCAAAUCCACAAGGAUCAAAUAAAAGCUGACCAUGUCCUCAUUUUUAAAAUGACUGAAUUGCCCCUGACUUUUAUUUACUUUACAAUCAUAAUAAAACAUAGCAGCUGCCACCCGGGAGAAGUAGAUAGGGUUCGUGGUGUGAUCAGAAAUAUGCUCAUAACAAAUAUCCACCCCUUUUCCAACAGAAAUACGGAUACCAUUUCAUCUUAUCUGUUUGUUCAUAAAUGGAAGAUCAGCUCAAGAAAACAUGGAGUUCUUGCACUUGCAGGAAAGAGAAAAUCAUCACCACCUCAAGAAAACCCCAUUUUGCCUCUGAAACUGUCCAAAACUACUCUUGCUCAGUCUGCCCUCGGAGUUUUUGCAUUGGGGUUUAUAGAUGCAGGGUACAGUGGAGAUUGGUCACGGAUUGGGGUCAUCCCUAAGGAGAGCGAAGAUGUGCUGAAAAUUGCAGCAUUUUUUGUGGUUCCUUUGUGCCUAUUUAUCAUUUUUUGUUUUUCCAAGAAAACAGAGGAUUGAAAUAACACACAUUAGUAUCUCUUCUCACCCUGCCAAAUUCAAUGAAUUCAUUGACCUAUCCUGUUAGUAUGUUUUGAAUCAGAUCACAUUGUGUUCAUUGAAGCAGAGGUUUUCCCUUGGAAUGGAAUUCUCACACAUGGGAGUAAUCCCUAAUUGAAUCGGCCAUAAGAUAGUUAAAUUUGAUUU